UCCUUAAUGUGGGGGAAAGGAAAAAUGAUGAUUGAGAGGAAUAUGUUAACCUACUUGUGACAUCUGCAGAAAGGGACCUUAAAGGUGCAAUAAUAUACUCUAAACACAACCGGUUUGUUAGCCAGUGCCUUUUUGUCAAGCUAAAGUACCACUAUUGUGGUAAGUUUAUUUAGAAAAAUGCCAGCAUCUGUUUAUUGGGUUAAAAGACUUCUUGCAACUCUUAUCUAAAAUACUCAAAACAUUUGUUACUUAUACACUGUAUUUACUGCACCUGCUCAGGACAUGCAGGUCUUUCUGAGAUUUUGACUUUCCAUCUAUUAACACUGCACUGUUUUGAACCCCUCUGCCUUGGUUAGAGAGUAACCCCCAAGGGAGAAGCAGCAGCCAUGAACACUCAACAGAUGGAGCAGAUGGGCCAGUUCAAGAUCACAGUGUGGGAGGAGGAGAACUUCCAGGGAAAGCGCUGUGAGUUCAUGCUGGAGUGCCAGAACAUCAUGGAGAGGGGCUUCAACAAGAUCCGUUCCAUCAAGGUUGAGAAUGGACCCUGGGUGGGUUAUGAGUACCCUGAGUUCCAGGGACAGCAGUUUAUCCUGGAGAAGGGAGACUACCCUCGCUACGAGGCCUGGAGUGGAAACAGCAGCUACAGAACCGAGCACCUGCUUUCCUUCAGACCCAUCAAGUGUGCUAACCACAGUGACAGCAAGGUGACUCUGUACGAGUGUGAGGACUUCCAGGGCCGUAAGUUCGAGAUGUGCGACGACUACCCCUCCCUACAGGCCAUGGGCUGGUGCAGCAAGGAGGUGCCCUCCAUCAAAGUCAACUCAGGAGCCUGGGUGGCCUACCAGUUCCCUGGUUACCGUGGCUACCAGUACAUCCUGGAGAGAGACAGACACCAAGGCGAGUACAGAAACUACAACGAGUACAGCACCCAGGCUCACACCAACCAGGUGCAGUCCAUUCGUAGGAUCCAGCACUAAGCCUUCAUUCUACCUGCCUGACUCAACCUGAAAAGAAAAAAAAAAACUCUCCCUGAACCCCCGGACAGACCGCUGUCACAGAACAGUAGACGGACAAACUCUUUCUAUCACUCUGUGGCUCUGCAUGUAUGGAUAUCUAAGUACUUUCUUCUUCUACCAUGCUAAAGCAUGUUCUUGAUAUAGGAAAUAAAGGCUUUUCUUCAAAACUA